AUGACAUUGGUUUAUGAUCGUGUUGGUCUUUACUCUCUAAAAUCACCAUUCUUAAAAAUUAUGUUCGACUUUCAAGACAGAGCAUCAAUGUCGACUGGAAGUAAAAAAGCUCUCAACAAGGAUGAUAUUUUAAUCAAGUACUACAUUAAUCCAAAAGACAAGAGCUUUCUCAGAUCUGACAAGAUCACAAUUAUAUUGUGUGAAGAAGAUGAUUAUGACGACGACGACGAUGUUGAUGCUGAUGGUGGUAGUGGUGAUAUUAUUGUGGAUAAUGGAGAUUGUGAUAAUGAGGUUAAAGAGAAGAUGGAUGGUGAUAAUGAGGAGAAGGAUGAAAACGGCGACGACGAUGAUGGCUAUGAUGAUGUAUAUAAUGGUGAUAAUCAAGAUUGCGAUGGUGAUGAAUAA